AUGACUCAAUCACCACCACCUGCCGCUGUGGCCAUUUCCACAGCUGCCAUUAUCGUUGAAUCAUCAACAGCACCGCCAUUAGCCCUCAUCGUUGCUGCCUCACUGUCUCUACUAGCGACGAAGAUGAUGGAAAGACGACGCGAAUCCCAGCCGCUACGGGCGACCAAGUCUAGGCUCCUUCUAGAUCGACUCCAAUUCUGCGGGGUCGUUGAACAGAUGACUGGAAGUCCAGGAAGAAGGAGUCGAUCGAGGACUCGCCGCCGAUUGAGACGAAGACAUCAAGUACUGGUUGAUCUCGCAUGCGUCACAAAUCGUGCAAACAGCAUGGCAAUCUAG